CGCCGGGGAGGUGAGCGGUGACUCACGGCCUGGCCCGCGGCUCUCCCGGUGCGGCCCCGGGCCGGGCCCUCUCCCGCCGCCCCUGCGCGGUCGCGGUCGCGGUCUCGCCCCUGCCCGCGGCUGCCGGCGGGGCGGAGCGGAGCCUUUGCCGCGCUCCCGCCCGGGGCUCCUCGUGCGGCCUCCGCGCAGGCCGCGCCGCCCCGGGGCCGGUCGCGAUCCCGGGGCUCGGGGCCUGGAUCCCGCUUUUCCGGGCCAGGAAAGCCGCUGGAAUAGAACCACGCGCCUUGCUGCCCCGCGGUCCGACCCGUGCCGAAAAGGUUGAGCUUUUCACGCGCCUUACCUGGGGUGAAAAUCUUCUUGAGCUGAUGCAUUCACUACAUUUGGAAGCUGUACAGUCAUCAGCUUCCUAGCUGCUCUGCUUCUUGAUACUGAAGAGUCUAGGAUUUUUGUUCAUGUAGAUUGUCCAAAAUGAAUGAACAUCCUAAAAAGAGGAAAAGGAAGACUCUGCAUCCUUCUCGUUACUCAGAUUCUUCAGGUGCAAGCAGAUACAUAGACAACAGUGGGAUUUUUUCUGACCACUGCUAUAGUGUCUGUUCCAUGAGACAGCCAGAUAUAAACAGAGGCAGAUUCCACAGUCCUGUGCAGAGCCUGGACACGGAUGAUGACGGGAGUCCCGUGCAUGCCGGGAGCUCUCACUGGAGCGGGGCACACUCAAACGUUGGGAUGCACUGCACAGACCCUAAAAGGAAGGAUAAAGGUAAAGAAAAAGGUACUAACAAUGGAAUGUGCAGAGAUUUAUGUGACUCACCUAUAUUCAGUGACAGCCCCACAGAAGAAGAGAAGCCUCUAGAUAUCCAAACUGUAGAAAUUUCUACAACAGAAGUGAAUGCUGUAGAAGUUCACGAUAUAGAAACACAGACUGUGUCACCUGAGAAGCUGGAAGCUGAGGACCUUGAGGAAAUCCCUCUGGAGACCUGUAAAAUCUUUGAGAAGAACCAGGCUUUGAAUAUCACAGCUCAACAGAAAUGGCCCUUGCUGAGAGCCAACAGCAGCGGCUUGUACAAGUGUGAGCUCUGCGAGUUCAACAGCAAGUACUUCUCUGAUCUGAAGCAGCACAUGAUCCUGAAGCAUAAGACAUGUACAGACACUCAUGUCUGUAAAGUUUGUAAAGAAAGUUUCUCCAGCAAAGUGCAGCUCAUUGAACACGUAAAACUACAUGAGGAGGAUCCGUACAUCUGUAAAUACUGCGACUACAAAACGGUGAUUUUUGAGAAUCUGAGUCAGCACAUAGCAGACACUCACUUCAACGACCACCUCUACUGGUGUGAGCAGUGUGAUGUGCAGUUCUCCUCCAGCAGCGAGCUGUACCUGCACUUCCAGGAGCACAGCUGUGACGAGCAGUACCUGUGUCAGUUCUGCGAGCACGAGACAAACGACCCCGAGGAUCUGCACAGCCACGUGGUGAACGAGCACGCCUGCCGGCUCAUCGAGCUGAGCGACAGCUACAACAGCAAGGAGCGUGGCCAGUACAGCCUCAUCAACAAAAUCAGUUUUGACAAAUGCAAAAACUUCUUUGUGUGCCAGGUGUGCGGCUUUAGGAGCAGGCUGCAUACGAAUGUCAACAGGCACGUAGCUAUUGAGCACACCAAAAUAUUCCCUCAUGUUUGUGAUGACUGUGGGAAGGGGUUUUCAGGUAUGUUGGAAUAUUGCAAGCACCUAAGCUCUCAUUUAUCUGAAGGGAUUUAUUUGUGUCAAUACUGUGAAUAUUCAACAGGACAAAUUGAAGACCUUAAAACUCAUUUGGAUUUCAGGCAUUCAGCAGAUUUGCCUCAUAAAUGUACUGAUUGUUUAAUGAGGUUUGGGAAUGAAAAAGAUCUUUUAAGUCAUCUUCAGAUACAUGAGACAGUGUGAUUGCUUUCUUUUUCUGUAAUCAAUUUGUUAGAAUUGGAAUUAAUUUCCAGUCACUGGAAUGUGAUAUUAAAUACAAUUUUAACAGCAAUUUUACAUUUCUAAUGUUUUCAUCUUUAUAUCAGCCAAGCAUGUAGAGCACUUGGUGUUGUGAAUUUCCUUGUCUAGGGGUUUCAGUAGGAAUAAUCACAUUUACACUGUGAUGGAUCAGGUUUUGGGGGGAGGGACAGUGGGAGUAAUUGCAUGUUGUGAUACCAGUUCUGGUGGUCAUCCUGCUCUUUCCUGUCUAGUGUACAAGACCACCUCUCGUGAGUUUAAAAAGGCACAAAAACAAAGCAAAUAUCUAAUUCCAUGCUUAAAUAACCCAGUACUGGUCUCAGUUCCACAUCCAGCUCAUGUUACCCUGGGUGGCAGCAGGUCACUGCGCUGGUGUUCAGCAGUAGCACUGGCCUGACAAAGAUAAGGGUGCUCCAAAAGUUCCCAGGCAUGGACAUCUCCAGAUUCACAUACCAGCCUUCAUUUCCCACCUCAUGCUCCUGAUAAGCUUUUUCAAUUGUCCUGUUUUUCUCCUGGGACACCUUUCUGACCUCACUGUUCACUUUGUUCUGUGUAAGUCCCAUCUGUGGGACUGUCCAACACAUGCACAACACACUCUUCCACAUAUAUACUACACAACUUCCACAUGAUAUUCCCUUUAUUUACCUUCAGUUCUUGCCUUUUAAUGCACUGAGGAGAAACACAUUGCUUGGGUUUGGAUUGGAUCAUGUUCUAAAUAGUAAUUGCAAAAGGAAUUUGCAAUGAUCCUUCUGAGAAUGUACAAAAUUAAUUUCUUAUAUAAAAUCCUGAUAUAGCUCUCACUGAAAUUAUGGAUGUCACCAACCUCUGACUAGAGAAAACUUCUAGUAGUCUAUGUUAUUGUAGUAAUUCUGUAUAAUUAUCUUUUCACCACUAGUAAUUUGAGGAAUGUUAUUUUAACUAUAAAUUUUUAACUUUUAUGUACGGGCUUAAAGACCAGUACAUUACAAAAUUUUUGCUAAUCACUCUCAAAUUAUUUCACACAUUUUAUAUUAUACAAAGCACUAUCCUGCCAUUGCAAUUAUUGGAAGUGAGUUUUUGCAGUUCAUUCUGUAGCUCUAUAUCUGAAUGGAUACUUGGACAGAUAAAAAAAACAAGAGUGGGGUCACUUAGAUCAAUGCUAGAUACCAUGGUGAAAAUAUUCAUAAUAAUUACUGGUGGAGUUUACAUUUCUUUCUUCAUUGAUUGUAAAUUUGUAAUGUAGGAUUGUCUAAUGCAAGCUUUGUGUAGAGAUAAUUAAUGUAUCAAACAUCUCUUGAUCAGUGAGGUUUGGUGUUAUCAGCUUCAAGGUGUGCAAGAGUCUUUGGAUUUGAUUUUUAAAGCUAAGGAUAAAACUUGGCUGAAUGUUGUUGAUUAAUGGAAGUUCUGAUUUCCAGAGAAGUAUUUCUGGAAAGUCUUAUGAACCACUUAGUGUUUAUUUUGUUGUGAGAGGAAAGACCAUUUCUAUCACUUUGAAAUGCUGAUAUACUACUAGAUUUGGUGUUUGUCAUUGAAAGGGCAACCUGAAGGUGUCUUGCUGUAUUUUAUUACUCCCUUGUUUAUAGAAUGAUAGUAUCUGUGGUACAAUUGCUGAUUUCCUAUUUUGAACACAUUCUUCCCUGGUUGGCUUAAAAUGGUAGCAAUAAUAUAGUUAACAAAACACUAAGAUGAGUUAUUUUCUGUAUGGAAAGUUCAUUUUGCUCAUAUAUCUGAAUGGGGGAAUGCUGGUUCUCUGAAAACUUUGCUCCUGCUGAUGGCACAGAGGUGGAAUGGCACAGCUGAGCUCUGGAGAGAAAGCUGCUCUGGGAGACACACAAGAAGUGGAAAAAAGGCAUUUAAAAAUCUCCAAAAAUAAAUAAGGGGGCUUAAGAAGUGUGUUGUGUAAAUUGUGUAGACCAGCAGGAAAGGUGGUGUCCUGUGCCAGCACAGAGCCCUGUGACACAGCAAUCUUGCUUGUUGAUAUGAAUAACUUAAUAGCUGUCUUUGCGUUGGGUUAUUUCUGAUCUCUAAAAUGGGAAUCAAAACACUCCCCCACAGGAAUGCUGUGAAGCGAAAUCAUUCCAAACUAAAAUGCAGCGUCUAAACAGGAAAUGUAUCCAAGGUUAUUUUAGGUUGGAUUUUAUAAAUGAGGGACUAAUAUUAGUAUUUUCUUUGUAAUCUCUAUCAGGGAGUAAAUGGAAGUGGAUGGGAGUAGCAUGUCUCAUUUUAAAAGGGAACACAAGUCCACUGCUGGCUUCCACAUGAUCUGCCUGUUAAAGCAAGAAAGUUACUAAGUAGUAGGAAAAAUAGGUAAUGAGUGUGCCUGGAAUGUGGAAGGCUGAAGGGCAUGGCUGAGCCUGCCAAGGACAGGCGCGACAUUUGGGUUAUUUGGGUGAAGUGCAAGGUGAGUGCUCUGAGCCGAGCGCAGCUGCUCUGGUGCCAGCACAGCUCAUCUCAGUCCGGAGAGGCAGAAAUAAACUGUAGGGACCAGGACUGUGCCACUAUUUAUUAUUUUUCUCCAAGGCAGUGAGUAUCAAAUUCUGGUGGUUCACUGGUACUUGCAAGGUUCAGCUGUUUCAGGAGCAGCGUUCCAAGCAGAAGCUAUGCAAAAUCAUGAGAUUGGUUUUGGCAGUGUUUUGUAUUUGUGAGAGACCUGUAUUUGAUUCUUUGCUUUUCAGACUUUUGAACCCUUCUUUUCAAUGUGUGACUUGAUUUUAGGGGUAUUUUCCAACCAUAACAAAUCUGUGUGUCAGAUUCCUGGAUCAUAUUUCUUACUGAGCAAAAGACCUUUUUUAUGUGAAAGACUGUUGACUUCAAAGUUUACAUCCCACAAAUUAUUGCAAGAUCUUAAAAUACAGCGGAUUAGUAAUCCUCAAA